UCACCACAUGGCCUGGAACCUGGAGCCCCUUCCCUGUGCCCACCUGCGUCUGGCUGCUCCCUGGAGAAGGCUGGGGGUCCCUGUGGCCUCAAUCUUCUUUCAGGGGUCUGGGUUGACUCUUGCAUUCCAAGGCCAGCGAGAAGGGUCUGGUGGCGACCCUGAAGUCCCCAAACAGCACUCUUGUGAACCUGGCCUGCACUGGUGCCCCAGGGGUGGGGGCAUCACAGACGGGCCCACAGGAGACGGUUAUCAACAUUGCCCUGCCUCCCUCCUGUCCCUGGCCCCAGCGCUGGCGCUGUGGGCACCAGGGAGACAGUGGGAGGAGGGGGGUGAGGGCUGGGGACUGAGGCUGAUGGGAGGCGGGGACUUGGGGUGCUGAGGACUAUAAAGGGGCCGACAGCAGGGGACCCACACGGCCUGAGGCACGCACCCGCACCCACUCCUCUCACGCAGGACUCAAGAUGGCUGCCGCACACCGCUGCGUCUCCCUGCUGCUCCUGUCCACCUGCGUGGCUCUGCUGCUGCGGCCGCCGCUGGCUGCCCAGGGAGCCCCGCCGGAGCCGGUGUACCCAGGGGACGAUGCCACGCCAGAGCAGAUGGCUGAGUACGUGGCCGAUCUCCGCCGAUACAUCAACAUGCUGACCAGGCCCAGGUACGGGAAGAGAGACCAAGUGGACACUCUGGGUUUCUUGGAAUGGGGCCACCCCCACGCAGCCGCACCCAGGGAGCUCAGCACCAUGGACCUGUGAUGCUGCCUCUCCUCCCACAAGUCCACUGUGCAACCAGCCCAGCUCUCCCGCCGCACCCUCGGCCCCUGCUCCCCCACAGGCUAAAUAAAGCACAUCAAAGUCAAGGCCUCUCUCUGUCUCUGUGGACCCCUGGGGGGCAAGGAAGAAGCUGGGACACAAGACAGAGAGGACGGGCAGGGAGGAGAGAACCGAGGGCUUCCCUAGCUCAUGCACUCAGCUCCACACAGUGCGGCCCAGAGGGAGGCAGGGCCUUGGCCAAGGUCAUCCAGUCCCUCCACUUCAGCAGCCCAGGCUUCCACCUGCUCCCAAACGGCCCCUCCCACGCCAAGGCUGCAGGUGCAGUGCCCAUUCACACUGAAGUGUUCUGGACGCG